CACUAAACCCACGUCUUUCGAUUAAGAGCUUGUAUGGUUAACAUAUAAAUUAGUUGCCUUUGCGUCGGAUAUUGGACAGCCUGUGAUUUUUUCCAUCUGGAUUUUCCAUAGAUCCGAUCACAGUUGAUACGGAUUCUCAUACGUCUUAUUCUCAUUCGAGUUUUGCAUGCUCUGGCAGCGAUACAGCGCACAGUUGUUCAGGAGAUUCGAAUUUCACGUACGUACGAAACGCCGGAGCCCAAUUACUCAAUUAGCCGGCGUACGGGCGAUCACAUACAGCUCGUUGUGCAAAAUGACCGACCAGGUCAAGUAUCUGGACACACCGGACAAGUCGGAAACGGACAAGAAGCUUUACAAGACUCUGCUCUUGGGGAAUGGAUUGCAUGCGUUGAUUGUCUCUGAUCCCAGUCCCAUGCCACACGAUGGCUUUACCACAUCUGAGUCGUCCUCGAAUAAGUCGAGUCUGUCGACCAGCGGUUCCACGACUUCACGCAGCGAUUCCAGCUCAUCUACCUCCACCAAUAGUGAGAGCAGCGAGGAAACGGACAGCGAGGAAGGUGACGAGAAACUGGCCGCCUGCGCCCUAUUGAUUGAUUAUGGAUCUUUUGCUGAGCCCACAAAAUACCAGGGACUGGCACACUUUCUCGAGCACAUGAUCUUUAUGGGCUCCGAGAAGUACCCAAAGGAGAACAUUUUCGAUGCACAUAUUAAGAAAUGCGGCGGCUUUACCAAUGCCAACACUGACUGCGAGGAGACGCUUUUCUAUUUCGAGGUAGCCGAGAAGCAUCUGGACUCCAGUUUAGAUUAUUUUACGGCCCUGAUGAAGGCUCCGCUGAUGAAGCAGGAGGCUAUGCAACGCGAGCGCAGCGCCGUGGACUCAGAGUUCCAGCAGAUUCUUCAGGAUGAUGAGACCAGGCGUGAUCAACUGCUGGCCAGUUUGGCCACCAAAGGUUUCCCCCACGUCACCUUUGCCUGGGGCAAUAUGAAGUCGCUAAAGGAGAACGUCGACGAUGCGGAGCUGCACAAGAUUUUGCACGAGAUCCGCAAGGAGCACUAUGGCGCCAAUCGCAUGUACGUUUGCCUGCAGGCUCGUAUGCCCAUCGAUGAGCUGGAAGCACUCGUGGUGAGCCACUUCUCUGGUAUUCCACACAAUGACGUGAAGGCUCCCGAUUUGAGCAGCUUCAACUACAAGGACGCCUUUAAGGCCGAGUUCCACGAGCAGGUCUUCUUCGUCAAGCCGGUGGAGAACGAGACCAAAUUGGAGCUGACUUGGGUGCUGCCGAAUGUACGUCAGUAUUACCGCAGCAAGCCCGACCAAUUCCUCUCGUAUCUGCUGGGCUACGAGGGACGUGGCAGCCUGUGCUCCUACCUGAGACGCCGCCUAUGGGCUCUCCAACUGAUUGCUGGCAUCGAUGAGAACGGCUUUGAUAUGAACUCCAUGUAUGCCCUGUUUAACAUUUGCAUUUAUCUCACCGACGAGGGCUUUAAGAAUCUGGACGAGGUCUUGGCCGCAACAUUUGCCUACGUCAAGCUCUUUUCGAACUGCGGUUCGAUGAAGGAAGUUUACGAGGAGCAACAGCGCAUCGAGGAAACCGGUUUCCGUUUCAAUGCUCAGCGUCCAGCCUUUGACAAUGUACAGGAGCUGGUGUUGAACUCGAAGUAUUUCCCACCAAAAGAUAUUCUCACCGGCAAGGAGCUCUACUAUGAGUACAAUGAGGAGCAUCUCAAAGAACUGAUUAGCCACCUGAAUGAGAUGAAGUUCAACCUGAUGGUGACCUCACGCAAAAAGUAUGAAGGCGUCUCCGCCUUUGAUAAGACGGAAGAGUGGUUCGGCACCGAGUACGCCACCAUUCCAAUGCCAGAGAAGUGGCGCAAGCUGUGGGAGGACUCGAAGCCCCUUCCGGAAUUGUUCUUGCCCGAGCCGAAUAAAUUUGUCACGGAAGACUUCACACUGCAUUGGCACUCGAUGGGAAAGCCGGAAGUUCCCGAAUCCCCGAAGUUGCUGAUCAAGACGGACACGUGCGAGCUCUGGUUCCGCCAGGACGAUAAGUUCGAUUUACCUGAAGCCCAUAUGGCUUUCUAUUUUAUCUCGCCGCUGCAGCGGCAAAGUGCCAAGAACGAUGCCAUGUGCUCACUUUACGAGGAAAUGGUCAGGUUCCAUGUGUGCGAGGAACUUUAUCCAGCCAUAAGCGCCGGACUCUCUUACACCAUAAGCACCAUCGAAAAGGGCUUGCUCCUCAAAGUGUGCGGCUACAAUGAAAAACUGCAUCUCAUCGUGGAAGCCAUUGCCGAAGGCAUGCUCCAUGUGGCAGAGACGCUCGACGAAAAUAUGCUUUCUGCCUUCGUAAAGAACCAGCGUAAAACCUUUUUCAACACUUUGAUCAAGCCAAAGGCACUGAACAGAGAUGUUCGUCUCUGUGUUCUGGAACGAGUCCGCUGGCUGAUGAUCGACAAGUUCAAGUGCCUAAACGGUAUUACUUUGGAGGAGAUGCGCGAGUUCGCCCAGGAGUUCCCCAAGCAACUAUACAUCCAGUCUCUCAUCCAGGGCAACUAUACGGAGGAGUCCGCUCACAAUGUAAUGAACUCGUUGCUAAGUCGCCUCGACUGCAAGCAGAUCAGGGACCGUGGACACUACUUGGACGAUGUUACCGUAAAGCUGCCGGUGGGAACUAGUAUUAUCCGAUGCCAUGCGCUCAAUGAGCAGGAUACAAACACGGUGAUCACAAACUUCUAUCAAAUCGGACCCAAUACCGUUCGUGUGGAGAGCAUUCUUGAUCUGUUGAUGAUGUUCGUGGACGAACCAUUGUUUGACCAAUUGAGGACCAAAGAGCAGCUGGGCUACCAUGUGGGCGCCACUGUUAGAGUCAACUACGGCAUUGCUGGCUAUUCCAUUAUGGUUAACUCACAGGAAACAAAGACAACGUCCAGCCAUGUGGAGGGCCGCAUCGAGGUGUUCCGAGCCAAAAUGCUGCAAAUUCUGCGCCACCUGCCUGAGGAUGAAUACGAACACACUCGCGACUCGCUGAUCAAGCUGAAGCUGGUGGCGGACAUGGCAUUGAGCACGGAAAUGAAUCGCAACUGGGACGAGAUCAUUAACGAACACUAUCUCUUCGAUCGUCGACGGCGCCAGAUUGAAGUAUUGCGCACGCUUCAAAAGAAUGAGAUCAUUGAUUUUGUUAUGGGUAUUGACGGCAAUAACAUGAGGAAGCUAUCCGUACAGGUGAUUGGCCAUCGGCCAGAAGGUGUCCCGGAACCAUUGUGUGGUACCCAUGACGAAGACACCGCCAACAACGCUAGCAAAUCGGAUGAUGAGAGUGAAUCUGAAAAUGACGAGGAGGAAGAAGUUUCAUCGGAGGAGGAGAAGGAGGUGGCCGACGAAGACGAUCUAUUUUAUGCACUAGAAAACAAGUUGAAUGUCGUCUUCCUGCCCGUUUCAUUCAACGAUGCAUUUAUUAUCACGGAUAUUUGUAAAUUCAAGGACGAUCAACACGUUUUUCCCAAGCAAAAGACCCAGCCGACGAAAGAGGAGGAUGAAUUGAUCUCUGCUCACAUUGCGAGUGUAAUCCGUCAGGUGUGAGAUUUACGGCCAUACCAACCACCCACCACCACCCAACAAACUAUCUACGAUUUCGAUUUUUUUUUUAAUUAGCCAAAGGUAGACGAUUAGUUACACAGGAAGUAACCUCUUUUCCACGACAUCCUCCUGACCAAGUCGGGAAUUUACUCUUAUGUUGUAAUACGCUCAUUAAUUAUAAAUUAGAAACACAGCAAAUGACGAAUGCAUUUUAAAGCAUAGAGGAGACACCAUAUAUGUUCGAUUCCAAUGGACUUUCGUACUUCAGGAAAAAAUAUUCAAAAUCUGAUGUGAUCAAGUUGCCUAAUUAGAAAACAACUUCCGAUGCAAUUUGCUGGUAUGGGGACUCUUCUUUCCGCAUCUAUCGUUUUAUUCAUACAAUAUGUACAUCAGUGCUUUUUGUUUAUUAACAAUAAAGUUACACAUAAAGAAUGUUAA